AAUGAUGUAAAAUGUGUUAAUGGACAUGUGUACUCGGUAUUAAAGAUAGCUGGUAGAGGAGGUUCAGCCAAGGUGUACCAAGUACUAGAUGAAAAGAAUAAUGUUAGAGCAUUAAAAUGUGUAGAUUUAGAUGGUUCAGCUCAUGUUGUUAUAGAAGGAUAUAAAAAUGAAAUCAAUUUAUUAAAAAGAUUACAAUAUUGUGAUGCUGUCAUCAAGAUGUAUGACUAUGAGUUUGAUGAAAUAAACAAUAAGUUAAAUGUUAUAUUAGAAUAUGGAGAAACAGAUCUAGCUGUACAUUUAUCAAGUAGGAAAAAAGGUGGAAAAAGUCUUGGAGAAGCUGUUAUUAAAUUCUAUUGGCAGGAAAUGUUAUCAGCUGUUAAUGCCUUACAUAAAGAAGGUAUAAUACAUUCAGAUUUAAAGCCAGCUAACUUUAUGUUUGUGUCUGCUAAUUUAAAGUUAAUAGAUUUUGGAAUAGCUGAUGCUGUACAACAAGAUAAAACAAGUGUAUUUAAAAAUGUUACUGUGGGUACUGUAAGUUAUAUGAGUCCAGAAGCUAUCAAAGAAUCUUGUGAUGGUCAAGCUAAAUACAAGAUAAGUGUGCGAAGUGAUGUUUGGUCUUUAGGCUGUAUAUUAUAUGUUAUGGUAUAUGGUAAAACACCAUUUCAACAUAUACGUCAUCAGCUAGCGAGAAUACAAGCUAUUACUGAUGAUAAACAAGUAAUAGAUUUCCCUGAUAUACCAGAUAAACUACUAUUAGACGUUUUGAAGAAAUGUUUAAUCAGAGAUGUUAAAUUGAGACCUACAACUGAUGACCUACUAAAUCAUCCUUAUUUGUCACAAGGUCCUAGUGUAGAUAGCCCAGGUAAAUAUUUCUCUAUUAUGUAG